AUGCAAUACAGAACCAAAGCUCGUCGUGCCGUGUCCCAAUCCAAUCGAAAAUAUCAGUGCGGUACUCGGAAGAGGCAAGUCGAGGGCCUCAUAACAAAUGGAUCCAACACGAAAGUUGGCGAGUGGCCCUGGCAUGGAGCCCUUUUCCAUAGGAAAAAUCGUCGUUCAAGGGAGUACAAGUGCGGAGCUACGUUAAUUCAUCAGAACUUUGUGAUCACCGCCAGUCACUGCGUCGUGGAUCGGGACAGUGGAUAUGAGGUGAACGCCGGUUAUGUCACCGUUGACUUUGGCUACGUGCAGCUGUUCAGUCCCUCAAGUCAUGGGCAAUCGCAUACUGUUCAGGAGAUUUUUGUUCAUCCGCAGUUUGCAAAAGACAGCAAUAAACAUGACGUAGCGAUACUGUCUUUGAAAACCGCUGUGAUUUUCAGUGAUUACGUGCUUCCCAUCUGUUUAGCGCUUACUCGGUUCGAGACAAGCAUUCACGAUAUCGUCGGAAAGCAGGGUGUGGUUGUGGGUUGGGGACUUACGGAGGAUGAUGAAACUUCAACAGAUCUUAAGAUGGCAAACUUGCCCGUGGUGGACUAUGCAGAGUGUCUGGAAACCGACCGAGAUCUAUUCGGUUCGUUGAUUUAUCCGGGCAUGUUUUGCGCCGGGUCCAGGAACGGAACGAAUGUGUGUAACGGCGAUAGCGGAGGAGGGAUGUUCUUUAGUAAUGGACGGAGGUGGAUUCUGCGCGGAAUCACAUCCUUUUCGGGGACACGGGAGGACGGCAGCAAUAAAUGUGACGUUAACAACUACGCUGGCUUCGUAAAUGUCCAGUACUAUGCUUCUUGGAUCCAUCAAACAGUACAGGAGGUGGAUGAUGCUUUCAAUGGAUUAGCAACUGCCACACCGAAGCCUGAUCUAACUAGAGUAUCAACUGAAAGAGACACACCGUGCGGCUACGAUGAUCUAUUGAAUGGAUUGACAACUGUGACGCCUCAGCCUUAUCCAUCAAGAGAAUCAACGAGAAGAGUCAGCGCUUGCAAGCCCAAUCCAUGUGGCCGGAAUGCCGAUUGUCGAGAAGAUGUCAAUUCAAGAGCAGUGUGUUCAUGCGCUUUAGGGUACGAUGGAGACCCAUUGGUUGCUUGUACAAGAAACGAGUGCUUGGAUGAUGUCGAAUGCAGUAAAAAUUAUGAAUGCCAGCAAGGGCGUUGUGUCGAUGUUUGUUCUGGACCAUGUGGAAUAAACGCCAUAUGUACGGUGCGGAACGGCAUUCCCGUGUGCAGUUGCCCGAAAAAUAUGAAUGGCGAUCCGUUUGUGCGCUGCCUUGCAAUAAGAUACUAGAAACAUCAAGCUACGUUAUGGUUUAUCAAGUUUCAGAAAUGUAUUGAUUGCAUUAACCCUAUAAGUUCCUUGAACGAUAAAUUUACAAACUUAUUCGUUAGCGUAGAAAAAUUAAAGCUUCAAUUGUGGUCCUAUA